AUGGCUCUGUGUAAAGGAUUCCGAGUGUUUCAGAAGCAGGAGCCUGGGAGCUGCAGUGUGUUGCUGGAAUCCAGGAGUCGUCAGGGUUGCCUCCUGUUCGAAGCUGGAGCUGUGGCCAUUCUCUAUGGUGGGCAGGCUUUGGGGAGUCAGGAAAUGAGCUACUUUAUUUUCAAAGAUUUCUUUGAAGGUACCAUCAACUUUGCUCCAACAUACAAAUAUGAUGUGGGCACAGAUGUUUAUGACACCAGUGACAAAUGCAGAACUCCUGCUUGGACAGAUCGAGUGCUGUUGUGGAGAAAAAAUUGGUCCUGUGACACAUCUGAGAGUGAUGUAAGAGGGUGUGAAUAUGAAGCAGAGACAGAAGAGAAGAAAAUAUGGAGUCAUGGUGAUUUGCUAUUUUAUGGGAGAGCAAAAUUAAAAGCCUCUGAUCAUAAGCCCAUGUUAGCUGUCUUUGAAGUGAAUAUUUGGUAUGUGGAUAUUUUUGCACGUGAACAAGUAUUCCAGGAAAUUACAUCUUCCCAGGGGCUAUUAGAUGCGACUGUCAUGAUAUACCUUAAAGGACCAACUAGUGGAGAAAGGGAGCCCUUUUCAGAUGACCUAAGAAAUGAAGUAAUUAAUUGGUUCCAGAGUUAUGGCAAUAUUUUAUUGGUGAGAUUUGAUCAUGGACAGAUGCUGGUAACUUUUCAGGAUAGUCGGAUGGCUCUGAAAGUUUUGGAUCUAGAUGGAAAAAUGGUUAAUGGCAGAGUGGUGUGUGUAAAACCCCGAACGAGAAGUUGGCUCAAUAAUCUGCAUGAAGAAAUUAAUAUGAACGGAAACAGUAUUGCACCGAUGUCUCCAACUGCAAAUUCUUGCCUGCUUGAAGAAACUUUUGAUUUUAACGGUCUGGAUUAUGACAUAAAAGGAGAUUUAGAUGAAGACUUAGAUGAAAUUAUUCCACAGCAUUUGCUGAUGGAAAAAACAGUGAAUCUCAAAACUUCACCUGAAGAGUUUCCAGAAUCUUCUGCUCAGCAGGUUGCUGAGGUUCAAUUACUAAACAGAAUGCCGGAUCUUCAGAAAAGUGAAAUAACUGGUAAUCCAAAAUGUUCCUCUGUUAAUGAAGAGCUGGCUCCUCAACCACGUAGAGCAAACAGAUCUGUGUCAGAACCCGACCGACCUCUACCUCCACAAAGACCCCUUCCUCCAACUAUACAAAGCUUGAAAAAAUCAACCUCUGAUACUGUGCUUUCAUCUGAAGAAAGUCCUUUUCAGGCCUUGACUCUGAAUCCAUCCCAGAUUCUUCCAGGGACAGCUGUAAGUUAUCCUCAGUCUUCAUCUAGAACUGGAAUUAGCAAGCCAUAUCAUGUGAGACAAAUUAAAACAACAACUGCAAAAGAAGCAAAAGCGGCAAUAAAACAUCUAAUGGGAUUGAAAACAGAAAGUUUGAAAUCAGAGGCUAACAUAAAACCAUCUCUAGUGCAGUCAAUCCUCAAGUGCCAGACAGAUAUGACUCUUCUUGAUGAGCACGUUGAAACAUAUUCUGCUUCGUUAAUACCUCUCAAGCCACGAGAGAAUGUGGUCAGUUCUCAUACCCUAGUGCGUGGGUUUCCUCCAGAUGGUAAGGGAGUCCAAAACAAGACAUACCUCAGUUCAGAGGCUGCAAAUAAAAAGGGACCAAAGUGUCUCAAAACAGCUGCAGCCGCAUAUGUGAAUUCACCAUUAGUGACUUCUCAAAGAAAUUCUGAUACAUUCAAGCAAGUAAUCUCACAGUCACUACUGAAAAGAUACCAACAAGAGGAGCAGUGUGCCAGCAAUAGAACUUCUCGGCAACUUUGUAACAACCCAGAGAGAGUCUCAAGUGCAGCCACAGCCCCAAUUGCUCCACCCCGCAAGAAGAAAGCUGCAGCACCUUAUUUGCAAAUUGACAACAAUUCAGUUUUGAAAUCCUACCAUAAUGAUCCCAGACAGAACUGUUUUCAUGCGUGUGGGUUGCAUGGCAGUGAUCAUCCUAUUAAACUGUGCAAUACUAGUACUUCAUCUAGCAAUAACUCUGUUAGGUCUUUUCAAGAAAGUAGACCUUCAUCUGACCCAUCCAAACAACAAAGGAACUUUAAUGUAAAUCUGCCUAAGUUUGGACAAGAUGUAAAUAAUGCUGAAGCAAAGGUAUCUGCCACUGGUUCCACAAAUGAAAGAAUAUCUCAAAGCCAUGACACAGAAUAAUUGUUUUUCUCCAAACAAGUUGUAGCAAAUGUUGCG